AUCAAUGGUUCACUCAACGGUUGUAGUCUAGGGACCAAAUCAAGUGCACAUUUUCCACUUUCUCUGGGUUCUGCAAAGAGCCGGUGCAUUUUUAGUGUCAAAACUACCAACCAAAGAACACCAACUACCACGAAAAGUCACUAAACUUGUCCUGUCAAAAAAUUUAAAUGAAAACAUAAGCGGUAAGAAAAUGCCUUAUUUUUCCAAUUAUUUCUCUUGAUGUGGUAUUUUAGAUUUAAUAAAUUAAUAAUGUCGGCCCCAACGCAUCAUUUUAUACCAAAUAUGAACAACCCCCAAGCAAACACAAUGAGAAACUCGUUUGGGCCAAAUUCAAUGCAAGCCCAAAUGAACCCAAACAUGCAGAACCCUUUAGGCCAAAAUAUGCCUGUACAAAUGGGCAACAUUGGAAACCCCAUGAUGUCCCCAAUGUCCAAUACAAUGAGCCAACAAAUGAGUCCAGCCAAUCAAAUGAAUACAAAUCAAUUAAUGGGGCAAAUGGGGCAACAGUAUAGCAUGUCCCCUGUUGCACAGAUGCCACAUCAACCGCCGCAGCCAAUACCAAUGCAACAACGUGCUAUGGAAUUUAGCAGUGGUUUACAACAUCAUGAGAUGCCCCAGCAAAAUCCUGGUGUUACACCAACGCCACCUGUACAACAGCAGCAACAACAACAGCAGCAGCAACAACAGCAGCAGCAACAACAACAACAGCAGCAGCAGCAGCAACAACAAUCCAAAGAAUUGAAUACAGCCUCUUUAUGUAGAUUAGGACAAGAAACAGUUCAGGAUAUUGUUAGUAGAACUCAGGAGGUCUUCCAAACAUUAAAAACUAUACAGCCCCCAAAUGGUACCCCACAGUCAUCAAACCAAAGCAAUGAGAAAAAAGCUAAAGUACAAGAACUCCUGCGCACAAUAAGGGUGCUGUUUAAGAGGUUAAGGCUUAUUUAUGAAAAAUGCAACGAAAAUUGCCAACUGCAAGGCAUGGAAUACACACAUAUAGAAAGUUUAAUACCGUUUAAAGAUGAAUUGGAUCCUAAGCAUGAUGAAAAGAAAAAUUCAGAAGCAUACAGGAAUGCUUGCGAAGAAAGUAAAGAAGUUAUGGAACAAGUUGUUCUUAAAAAUAAACAGCUUAAAGAGGUUAUAGAUCAUUUAAGGAGGAUUAUAUGGGAAAUUAAUACUAUGCUAACUAUGAGGCGGUCUUAACAUUAAUUUAUAAUCUAGAAUUUAAUUUUAUACAAAAAUUUCUUUUAUUUAUUGUUGAUUUUAUUGUGUAGUUAAUGUUCUGGAAGGUUUCUUGAAAUUUGCGACAUUACUUUCUAUAGAAAGCAAUAAAUAAAUCAGAGCAAGGCAUUCUCCACAGCACACUAGGAGGAAUGGCUGAUUGAUGUUUAUGGAGAUAAUUUUAUAGAAAGAUAAGCCGCAAAUUUCAAAAAACCUUUGACCAUUAUUAUUAAUUUAUUUUUUGGUUUAUAGUCUUGUUAUUUAAUUUAACAUGUAUUAAAAAUAUGAAAUUGAAGUGUUUUUUACGAAUUCAACAAUAAUUUUUAAUUAUUAAAAAUUCAGAUUGUAUUCUAAAAUUUAUAUUUAAAAUUAACAUAAUUCUAUAGUAAAGAUGAUGUUCCCUUUAA